AUGGCCUUCAGCUCCAUCAGACUCGCCCUCCGUGUUCUGACGAUGGCCUCCGUCCCGCUGCUUGCGCCGAUAGUGCAUGCGGAGUCUCAGGCACUCGCGUACCUUGGCACCGGCUACGACAUCAUCAAAGGGGACCCUCACGUGGAGCGUGACAGAGACCCUGGGUGGAGAAAUGAUAUCAUCGAGCGCAGCUACCUCCAGGAAGAGUGGGUCAAGCCGGAUGGGAGGUGCUCGUACGACGCGACCAACUUCAAGAUCACCGGUGCCAAGAGUGCUCAGUCUUCCAUGAAGAGCGAGUGGAGCAGCAAGACCAGCAUCGGCCUCUUCAAGAUCAUCCAGGCGGCCUUCACAGCCAGUUCGUCCGUGCAAACAAUGGACAAAGAAAGCCGGAGUGAAGGCUUCACCUUCUUUGAAACGAGGGCUGAGUGCCACUUGCAGACCGCCAAGCUUCCUGCUCCGACCAUCAAAUACAACUUCACUGCAGACUUUGAGGCGGCUGUCAAGGCCAUCCCAAGCGAUGCAUCGACACAGUGGGUCAUCGACAAUUUCAUCGAGUACUUUGGCACGCACUACACAGAAACAAUUUGCUCCGGCGGGCUCAUGGGCAAGCGCUCUUGGAUGAGCAAGCAGAGCUUCGACUCUUUCCAGCAGACGGCAAAGCAGAAGGGCUUCAGUCUGGACAUUGCUGCCAAAGGCGCUUUCUGGAUAUUCGCAGAUCCCCACAACUCCGAAGGUCACACUACCAACAACGAUGCCACGCAGGCCUUCCAGGAAGCCAUACAGUCCGGUGGAACCUCGAGUUUCUGCAUCGGCUGCAGCUCCUUCGUGGCAGGCGACGCUGAGAAGUGGGGUGAUCAGGUGAAGGAUAACUUGGAGCCCAUCGGGUCCUCCAGCAACCGUCUGGCGGCCAUCAGCGAGCUCCUGAUCCCAGUCCACUUCCCGAACUCCGAUGCCCAGGUCUUGAAGCUUCAGAAAGCCACGGUGGAGCGUGCCCUCGAAGCACUCUGCACCGCCUAUGCGAGUGAAGGCUGCACAACGAACCCGACAGAUCGGCUCGACAUCCCACCCCGGACUAUUAUUGAAGGCGCAUUCGUAAACGCUGUGCAGUGGUCCCACGAUGGAGGGACCUUGGCCUCCGCCUCCGAGGACUACGUGGUUCGUUUGUGGGAUGCGGUCACCGGCAGGUGCUUGCGGACGCUCACUGGCCACACCGGUGGGGUGCAAUCCGUGGCCUACAGUCCGGAUGGGGCCCAUAUCCUUUCAGGAAGUGGUGACAAGACCAUCAAGGUGUGGGAUGCCGAUUCCGGCACAUGCUUGCAAACGCUCACCGGGCACAACUCUUCUGUUAUCGCUUUGGCCUACAGCCCGGAUGGUUCCCAUAUAGUUUCAGGAAGUGUUUCGGACAACACCAUCAAGGUGUGGGAUGCUGUCACCGGCACGUGCUUGCGGACACUCACGAGCCCCGACCAAAACCCCGAUUUCGAAGUGAGCACCGUGGCCUACAGCCCGGAUGGCGCCCACAUCCUUUCAGCCAGUUUUGAGGGAAGACUUUUAUUGUGGGAUGCCGUCACAGGCAAGUGCUUGCAGAGGCUUCACGCAUCUGAUGCUCCGGCAUGGACCUUCGCGGCCUACAGCCCGGAUGGCGCCCGGAUCAUUUCAGGAUACGAUGACUGGCACAAGGGUCCCAUCAUGGUCUGGGAUGCGUUCGACGGACGUUACUUGCAGACGCUCACCGGCCAUAGCGACACGGUGCUUUCCGCAGCGUACAGCUCGGAUGGCGCCCACAUCGUUUCAGGAAGUCGUGACAAAACCAUCAGAGUGUGGGAUGCCGUCACAGGCAAGUGCUUGCACACGCUUACGGGCCACACAGAUCAGAUAGCCUCCGUGGCCUACAGCCCGGAUGGGGCCCAUAUCCUUUCAGGAAGUGACGACAAGACCAUCAGAGUGUGGGACGCUCCGUCAAAGCUUCUCCAGACCUUCGUCUAA